GUCUGUCUUUUCAGUUGCUGGCUUGUUGGCUGACUUGUAAAGUUCAUCACCGAAAGAGAGAUACAGAGAGAAGGAAGAAUCAACCAUGCCUCCAAACGCACCAAGACCAACAGGACGCCACAGAAAGAGGCUCACAAGGAUGGAUGCAGCCGUAGAUGCAAUGAGGAGCUAUGGUUUCUCUGAUGGGUUGACUGUUUCAACUGUUAAAGGGCUCUUGGAAGUGUAUGGUCUGGAAGGUUGGCCCUUUAUUGAAGAGAGCUCAUAUAAGGUCUUGCUCGAGGCAAUUCUCGAGGAUCUUGAAAAGGAGGAGCAGGAAAAGAGUAAUACGCUGCGAGAGAAUGAGAGGUGGGGAAACAAUAUCGAGAUAUCAGCUUGCAGUGCAUCAAAUGGUGCUUCCGUAUCGACUGGCCGCAGCACAGAAGCUGAGGCCCCUGCAUCUCAGACUAACAGAGUUCUACUCAGCACAUCACAGGCUGCAAAUCCGGACAUAGCAUUACUUGAUGGUAAUACCCCUGCAUCUAAAGUAGGAAGCAGCUGGAAAGAUAUAAAUCUGUAUGAGAAUUGCAUUGAAAAGCAAAUUAACAGUGACAAUGGAGCAGCUGUUAUGAAUGUUGGCAGUGUUCAACUACCGGGCAACACUAGGUCCCCUGUGCCGCCCUGCAGGCGCAGACCCUGCUAUGGAUGGAUUAGUGGUGAUGAAGAUGAUGACGCGGAUCUGGAUCUCAUUGAAGUUACACCGGCGCCAUUACCAGCAGUGGUAGCAAAGUUGCUUUCUGGGAUUGAUGUGCCGAGGACACGCAAGAGAAGGUGGGAUGCAAGACCUGAGGAUAUGUAGGCGUUCACCUUUUGUAUCUCUGAUGUAAAUCCACAGGCUUCUGACUCUUCUUUCAACUACAGAAGUGCAAACUUUUGGACAAUUUAGGACGUUAUUAUUGAUUUAUUAAGGAUUGAUGUGUAGUAAUUGACCCCAAUUUCUUGCACUAAAAGAAUUGCAUGUUUUAUUCCUA